CCACAUACGGUAGCACGCCUCCUCAGCUGCCCCUUGCCUGCUGCCACCAAAUCGUGCGUUACUCUUCAGCCACUCCGCCAGUCAGCUAUUCGCUCUGCUAUCAUCCCGUAGAGACCCCUGCAAUCCGCGCCAUCCAUUACUCUGUUUGCCAGUAUCUCUCCUCACGAG